AUGUGGCUGGCUCUAGCUCUGGUGUCCAUACUCCACGGGGUGACCUCCGGGCAAUGCCCCUUGAAUUUCCCAUUUUCUAAGAAUCCAGAGGCCGGGAUGAACAUCAGUGAAAUAAUCUCCUUCUGGGGGUAUCCCAGUGAGGAGUAUGACGUGGUGACCGAGGAUGGCUACAUCCUGCAGCUGAACAGAAUUCCUCAYGGGAGAGAGAACGCUGGCUGCCAAGGACCAAGGCCCGUGGUGCUUCUGCAGCAUGGGAUUCUUUCAGAAGGCAGCAUCUGGCUCAGCAACUUGGCCAACAGCAGCCUGGGCUUCAUCCUGGCGGAUGCUGGCUACGAUGUGUGGCUAGGGAACAGCAGGGGGAACACCUGGUCCAAGAGACACCUGGUCCUGUCUCCCAAACAGGAUGAAUUCUGGGCUUUCAGCUUCGAUGAGAUGGCCAGAUAUGAUCUCCCAGCAAUGAUCAACUUCAUYGAGCAGAAAACAGGGCAGAAGCAGCUGUAUUACAUCGGCCAUUCCCAAGGCACCACUAUCGGUUUUAUAGCCUUUUCCACUAUGCCUCAGCUGGCUCGGAAAAUCAAGGUGUUCCUGGCCCUGGCACCGGUGACCACGGUGAUAUUUGCUCGGAGCCCCUUCAGAAAGCUGACAAUCUUUUCUGAGUCUGGGCUUAAGGAAAUAUUCGGCACCAGGGAUUUCCUGCCGCACACACCCCUGGGAGAGCUGCUCCUCUCCCGGUUCUGCGUCUGCUCCAAGAUCUGCAAGAGCGCCUUGGCSAUGGUUUUCGGGUUUAACUGGAAGAACACAAACAUGAGCCGGAUCGAUGUGUUCGCGGGACACACCCCGGCGGGCUCCUCGGUGAGGAACAUCAUCCACUGGCUGCAGGGAGUCCAGAGCGGRGCACUGAGAGCUUUUGACGGGGGGCUCAUGUACAACAACCUUCGCUACAGACAGACGGGGCCGCCGCAGUACGACGUGGGGAGCAUGGAGGUGCCGAUGGCCGUGUGGAACGCGGGGCAGGACUGUCUGUCUGACCCCAGGGACACCGCCCUGCUCCUGCCCCAGCUCAGGAACCUGGUGCACCACAAGUUCAUCCCUCAGUGGAACCACCUGGAUUUCAUGCUGGGCCUCGACGCCACCGAGGUUUUGUACCGGGAGAUCCUCGAUGUCAUGAAGAAGCAUCCGUAA